UAUAGUAUAACUAGGUUACCAUUUGAUUAUAUUUAUGUCAUCAUUUUGGGUUUUUUUAAUGUUUUAUUUGAUUUACGCAUGCGCAGUAGUAAACUUUGGUGCCCACUAGAUACUGAAAUUAAUGUAAAAAAUGCUUCAAAUAAUGUCUAAUAUAUAGCAGAGAAAUUAUGCAUUCACAAAAGAUUCAUAUUAAUACGAAUCUAAAUGAACGUUAAAAUAUCGUUGAUAUAGACUCAGCUAGCGUUUAAUAUAAUCAUUUUUCUUCUCAUUUAUAUUCAAUAUAAUAUUUAUCAUGCCGAGUUAAUUGUUUACCAUGUUGGACUUAAUUGGUAGGGAAGAACGAUCAAAUUGUUGCAUCUACAGAGCGCCGAGGCGUCUGCGCCACGAAAAUGAAAAGGCUUUUACACGUCAAGUAGUCUCCAUUGGCCCUAUUCACCAUGGGCAACCGCACUUGGAAUUCAUGGAAGAAGAAAAACGAAGAUACCUGCAACAUUUUCGUGAGCGAACUCGUUUGAAUGUCGAAGAGCUUUAUUAUUUGAUAAGGGGAAAGGAAGACACCUUAUGUAGCUGUUAUGAUGAAACAAUCAAAUUUGAUAGCGAUGCAUUUGUGAAAAUAAUUCUGGUGGACGCGGUCUUUAACGUUGAAUUCUUACUGAAACAUUGUUUCGGGGAUUUGCCCCAGAAAGAAGACCGUAUAUUUGGAAAACCACAUUUGAUUUACGAUGUAUUGUUCGACAUGUGGUUGCUUGAGAAUCAAAUUCCAUUUUUCAUCCUUGAGGAAAUUUUUAACCUAGAAAAAGUGAGUGCCGCUAUCCCAGCCAUACCUCAGAGGCCGAAGCCACGGUUCAUCGAGCUUACGUACGAAAAUUUCAAGUUUUUAAAUGAAGUAAAUGAAAAAUUAGGAAAAUUUAUGGAUUCUACAAAUAAGGUAGAGGUUAAACAUUUCCUUGAUUUCGUAAGAACUUCCAUUAUACCAUCCGAAGUGGAACAGAAAGAAAAGAAAGAAAAAGAGAAAAAGGUUAAUCAAGAAUCUAAAGAGAAGAAAAGAAAAGCUGCGAUUGCACCGAGUGCGAUCCAACUCCUUAAUGCUGGAGCCAACUUCAAACCGAGCGAAAGCAACGAGUCAUUUCACAUAAAUUUCAAGAAGGGGACUUUGGAAAUUCCACCGCUGCUACUACAGGAUCCUACUGAAUCGUUGUUUCGAAAUUUGAUUGCUUUCGAGCAAUGUCAUUGCUCCGAUAGUUACAUAAACGAUUAUGUUACUAUCAUUCAUGAUCUUGCCAACACUCCCAAGGAUAUUGAGUUGCUUGUUGAGAAAAAAAUUAUCAAAAAUUUGUUGCCGGAUAAAGAAGGAGCAUCAACUCUUUUGAAUAAGCUAAUAACUGGUGUAAGUACGGAUCCAUGUAACUUUUAUUUCUCCACUCUUUGUGAAGAAAUGGAAAAUUACCGUGCAAAAAGCUACAACCAAUGGAGGGCAAUAUUGGUACAGAAUUAUUUUAGCACUCCAUGGGCUACCCUUUCCGUAGUUGCUGCUGUUUUUGUGAUUCUACUUACAGUCAUUCAAGCAGUGUUUUCGGUUCUCCCAGUGACGAAUCAACAAAAUGCCUGCUCUUAGAUUCAUUAUUUUCCCUCUGUUUUUCUCAUACUCGUACUUUUUUUUUUUUUGUUAUUUUAACAUGGCUUUGUUUGUUUUUAAUGUUACCUCUUGAGUUGUUUUAAAGCGUUUUGGUUUGUGUUUUUGGGUGGUUUUUCCUUGUAUUGCCCGAUGUUCAAGUAAUUAAUAAUUACAGCAAUUUCAUUUACAUUUA